AGCUCUGAGGGGCGGUGUCCAGCAGGCGGAUAGAAGGGAGCUGGUGCGCACUUAGGCUCCACUUUUACGCAUCAGUUGUUCGUCUAGGCAUCAAUGCCGAAGAUACCUCCAAUCUGGAUUUUUUUUAAUGCCGAAUUAUUUUAUCUGUGUAUUUCGACAUAAGUAAGGUUUUAAGCAGGAAUCCAAAGUAGAGCAUACAUCAGCGGAGUGAGCGGAACAAGUGGACCCAGAAAAAGUUUCCGUCAUGGGAGCGCGCGGAUGGAGCUCAGCGCGUCUCGGGUUCGUCGUUUGUGGAUAUUUUGCGUUUUUCUGCGGGGAGAUUUUCCCUCAGGCUGAAGCGGGCUGCAGGGAGAGAGAGAGCCCAAACUGCUGCACCGGCCGGAACAAUGAAUGUUUUGAGUACACCAGGAGGAAAACGGUAUGCUACUGUGAUACCUACUGUCAGAAAACCAGAGACUGUUGCGAGGACUACCAGAGUGUGUGCCAAAUAUCCGCAGCCAUUGACUGUGUGGUGGGCUCCUGGGGUCCCUGGUCUCCAUGCACAUCACCAUGUGGUGUCGGCAGCACGGAGAGGAGUCGCCUGGUGUCUGUUCCUCCGAGAAACGGAGGCACGCCAUGUCCCGACCUCAAACAGCGCCGAGGAUGCUUCGGAAACAACGCCAUAUGCAGCACCGCGAAAGAGGUGGCAAAGAUCCUGCCUGAUUCUUUCAAGAGGAACUUCAAGGACCCGUGGAGGCGACCACACAUGCUGAUGAAGGAGGAGAAGGCCAGUUACUGUGUGUACCUGCGUGUAAAACAGGCCAGUGCAGCGUGUAAACUCAAACUGUGGAGUGCUCAGCUGGUGAGAGAGAGACUGGUCUGUGCAGAGUGUCAGAGUGAUGCCAUGUCAAAGUCAGACCGCUGUGGAGGCGACGGCCUAGAGAGCACCAGAACGUUCUGGUCAGCAGCCUCAGUCCCAGGGUGUCAUGGCUCCUGGGUGCGAGAGUCAUCUUCUGAGGGCUGCCGGUGCCCUCCCUACUCUGUGCUCUUUGUGUGAGUCAACACGCUAACCCCAGACAUGUGUAUGCAGGGACAAGAUUUCCCUCAACACCUCCUGCUUACUGUGGAGAACCAUGCCAGCCAAGCCAGACCGCUCCGAUCCAGAUUACUGGAUGGGUAACUCAAGGAGAUCAGCAGCAUCCUGCCACUUUUUCUUUUCACCUCAUUCUCUGUACUGUAUACACUUUUACUAAGCACACAAAAGUUCUUGCAUUUUACAGCCACAUUAUGUUCUUAUUCUCCUCCAAAGCACAGCAGCAUCUAUAUAUGCCUUCUUUUUUUAUACCUCUGAAUCUUUGCUAUCUACCUCCAUCAAUAUAAUGGCAUUUGUUUAUGCAUAAUGUAUAAAUAUAUAAAUAUAUGAUUUUGCUUUAUACAUUUUCUACUUUUGAUUGUUUAUGUGUUAUGUAUAUGUGACUAUAUGACUACAGUUAUUUGUAUACAACAGUAUAAACACCAAACAGCAGUUGCUGCACCCAGUUUAAGCUCCAGUCCUAAUGGUCUUUAAUGACCUGCAGGUUGGAGACUCUGAAAACUGGUUCAUCCAAAUGUGUCCAUCGCUACAAUCCUUGAGUUCAUAUUUUUGUGUUUUAGAGUUAAGUCCUUUUUAUCUUUCAACAAAAUACAUUUAUACCAGCAAGUCAAGUUGGAUAUCAGGUAUUAAUUCUCAGGUCCUGAGAUUUGUGUCUUUGUCUCCCAUCAAGCUUCCGCCUUCUGAUGUCAACUAUUGAUCUUUAAAGUCAUCUUUAAAGUGACUCAGAUCUGAAAUCAGCCCCAUUUGUUUAAACCUAAGGUUGUUGGAGCGGAAAAAGAGCCAUUUAAGAGAAUCUCACUGGUUCUCUCUGUCCUCUGUGUCCAAGGCAGAAUUGCUUAAUAACUCUUGUUUUCACUCCCCGCCCUCCUCAGAAAACCUAUUACCUUCACAAGGGAGUUUAUUAUCCAAUAUAACUAUCAUGUACAGCCGCGUUCCUCCCAUUUUAUUAGCAGAAUCUCCUCCCAGCACUCCCCAAGGCUCCUUCAUCUUCACUCCUUUUCCUUCUUGUCCUGUGGUGUUGUCUUUAAAAGAAACUACAGCUUGGCCACAGCAUUACCUGCUUAACUUCAAAAGAGAACAGUUGGCUCAGUUCAGCUUCCCUCAUCUCUCGAUCUGUCAGAGGAGGACACGUGGUACCAGUGAAAGGCUUUUCUCUCAGGAAAGCCGUGUCCUUCUCUUUCUUUCCCUUCUCUGUGUCUGUGUUUGUGUUUAUUUAUUAUAAAACUGGUAAUGAUUUUAUUAGUGCAGCACAGCAUACUCUGUACACUGUCCAUUAUUGAAAAUAAAAAAACUACACUGUAA